AGCCGCCCCCGCGACAGGCUUUGUAAAUGUCGAUUGACAGAAUAAAAGUUGCACACAAGGGAAAGCAAAAACCGGUCAAAAGCGCGGUAAAAACAAAACUCAGAAGCGAUGUCGGCGCGCAACGAAGAGAGAAAAUCAACAACAAACGUGCCGCUGCUUCCGCAGAGAACGGUGCACGGCCCCUUUGCCUAGGAAAUGACGUGGAUGAGGAGCACAUCACCGCCUGGUCCACCGACACGGCUGCGCACUGUUGGGUUCCGCAAUGCGCUGCGAAAGGGAAAGACGCUCGUGGUGCUAAGAGCCCAUGUGAUCGGUUUGACAUUGCUGGGACCACCAAUGUAAAUGAGCUCGUACUUCGCCACGGGACGAUGCCUUCCACCGACUUGCGAACGUCUCGACGGCCUGUCCUGUUCCAAAAAGUAUCGCAUCACGGUGCUGCACAGAAGAAUGCAAAACAGCAGCGAUCCACACAGCUUUUGAAUUCUCUAUUUGUGCUCGAUCGCUACCUCUCCAACCUGGUGCGCGCGCUGGUGCACCCUCUUCACAACUUUCUUCAAUGCCACCACGGUCUGCACAACGCGGACGAGGUGCAGGUGAUGCUCAUGCCAAAAGACGGCCCUGUUGCGGCAGCGGAUCGCGCUGUCGAGUCAGACCUCACCUCAUCAACGCCGCGCAAGGUCACCAACAGCUCCACCUUGCGGCGUUGCUACGUGGCGACAAACAACGAGACGCUCAGCGAGGCUAGCUUGCGCAAUGCAGUGCAGGACUGGGGCGUGGCAGGUGUGUUUCAAAUCUCCGAGUUUGUUCUCGUUCGUGGCGCCAAAGGCCAGCACGCGGAGCAGAAGUUGCUGGAGUACCUACGCACCUGCAUCCUUUCCACGACGGUGCUCCACGUAAACGAUGCUGCUUUAACAGCCGAUCAGAAAGCGCUAGUUGUUGGGGAGCGUCUGCCGUGUGUGGCGUGCCGGCUGUUCGCCAUUCCCUACGAGGACGUAUCCGUACUGCUGCCCUCGCAUGGCCACAUGUACCUCUCCACCAUCUCACCCUCUCUAAUGGCUCUCAAGGCUAGUAUAACAACCACGGAGAAGAGCAAGGAUGUUGUCAGGUGCGCCUACGGGAACCCCAUUGUGGCUGCCAAGCUGCUCCUUGCUGCGGGUCAUCGGCGAGUGCUUCGAUGA